UUUCCUUCUUCCUCUUCUUGACUGUCUUGUUCCAUUCUGCUGUGACCAGAAAGGCCCAGGGAACAAGGGUGAAAUUCGCUGAAAAGAACCAUGGGAUGACCUGGUGAACAUAAGGACUGCUUAUCCUUAGUAGAGACAGGUAAACAAGAUUCAGAUUCCUAAGUCCGGCUCAACUAACAAGAGUGGCAGAUGAAAUAUCCUGAGAAGAUGAACAACUUGUCUCAUACAGCUGCUAAAAGUCAGAGCCAGUAUCGGAACUUAGGUUGGCCAAAACAGAGAAGUUAUGAGGAGGAAACACCUCUGGCAAGAUAAUGUUGAAUAUGACUGUGAGCCUUUGAAGGGAGGUGUGAACGAGUUUUGCUGCUCACUUUCCUCCCAGAUACAUGAAACCUGCACAAUUGAAAGAAGAAGUCCACUAUGCAACUGUGUACUGGAAGAGUUCUGAAAAGGCAAUGCGAGUCAAAGACAUACUGGACAAGAAUGGGGAUGCCUAUGGCUUUUACAAUGACUCUAUGCAAACUACAGGCUGGGGCAUUCUGGAGAUCAAAGCAGGGUAUGGUUCUCAGGCCCUGAGCAAUAAAAUCGUCAUGUUCGCAGCCGGCUAUUUGGAGGGUUACCUUACUGCCCCACACAUGUAUGACCACUUCACAAACCUCUAUCCACAGCUGAUUGAGAAGCCUUCCAUCAUGGAUAAAGUGCAGGAUUUUAUGACGAAGCAACAUGAGUGGGUCCAGAAAAAUGUCAAAGAUUAUAAGGGUGACCCAUUUUGGAGACAUGUUGGCUAUGUUAUGGCACAACUGGACGGGCUAUAUAUGGGAGCAAUGAAGAGGGCUCUAUUAGAAGGGAAAAAGCCCCUGACCCUUUCCCAGAUUCAUUUCCUGAAUGCUGUUGGAGAUCUGUUGGAUCUGAUUCCCUCAUUCUCUCUCAUAAAAAGCAAUAGCCUGAAGUUUAUACAGAGAUUGGAAAUGGGACAUUGCUCUGCUCUCAUUAAGGUUCUUCCUGGAUUUGAGAAUAUCUUUUUUGCUCACUCAAGUUGGUACACGUAUGCAGCCAUGCUGAGGAUGUAUAAACACUGGGACUUCAACAUCAAAGAUAAAGACACCAUCAGCAGUCGUCUCUCUUUUAGCAGUUACCCAGGGUUUCUGGAGUCUCUGGAUGACUUUUACAUUCUUAGCAGUGGUUUGAUAUUGCUGCAGACCACAAACAGUGUGUUUAACAAAACUCUACUAAAGCAAGUGGUACCCCAGUCUCUCCUGGCCUGGCAAAGAGUCCGUGUAGCCAACAUGAUGGCAAAUGAUGGUAGGAUGUGGGCAGAGACCUUUUCAAAAUACAACUCUGGCACCUAUAACAAUCAGUACAUGGUCCUGGAUCUGAAGAAGGUAGAGCCGAAUCACAGCCUUGGCAAUGGCACUCUGUACGUUGUGGAACAAAUUCCUACAUAUGUCGAAUAUUCUGAACAGACUGAAAUUCUACGAAGAGGAUACUGGCCCUCCUACAACAUUCCUUUCCAUGAAAAGAUCUACAACUGGAGCGGCUAUCCACUGUUAGUUCAGAAGCUGGGUAUGGACUACUCUUAUGAAAUGGCUCCACGAGCCAAAAUCUUCCGGCGCGAUCAAGGAAAAGUGACUGAUAUGGCGUCUAUGAAAUAUAUCAUGCGAUACAACAAUUAUAAGGAGGAUCCUUACAGUAAUGGUGAUCCCUGUAGUACCAUCUGCUGCCGUGGGGACCUCGCCUCAGUUAACCCAGUCCCUGCAGGUUGCUAUGACACGAAGGUGGCAGAUAUGUAUCUAGCAUCAAAGUUGACAGCCUAUGCCAUUAGUGGUCCCACAGUACAAAAUGGCCUCCCUGUUUUUUACUGGAAUCGUUUCAACAAAACUCUCCAUCAGGGUAUGCCAGAGGCCUACAACUUUGAUUUUAUCACCAUGCAACCAACGUUGAAACUUGACAGAAAAUGAAAGACGGAGAUGAGGAAAUACAAGGCUGCAAAUAAGAUACCAAAGGCACUAUUUUAGCUAUGUUUUUCCCUUCAGAAUUAAUCUUAAUAAAAUACAUUAAAUUCAGUCUGUCACUUUCA